CCGCGGCGGAGGCGGGGACGGCGGCGGCGGCACCGGGGACACCCAUGGGGCGCGGGCGGCCCUAGGCUGCUCGUCGGCCGCAGCAUGCCGGGCCCCCUGCGCCUGCUGGGGCUGCUCUGGCUCUGCAGCUUCUGCCGCGGGUACUUCGAGGGGCCGCUGUACCCCGAGAUGUCCAACGGGAGCCUGCACCACUACUUCGUCCCCGACGGGGACUACGAGGAGAACGACGACCCCGAGCGGUGCCAGCUGCUGUUCCGGGUGAGCGAGCAGCGGCGGUGCGGGGCGGCGGCGCCGGGCGGCGGGCUCAGCCUGCGGGAGGAGCUCACGGUGCUGGGGCGGCAGGUGGAGGACGCGGGCCGGGUGCUGGAGGGCAUCGGCAGGAGCAUCUCCUACGACCUGGACGGGGAGGAGAGCUACGGCGCCUACCUGCGCCGCGAGUCCGCGCAGAUCAGCGACGCGUACUCCAGCUCGGACCGCUCGCUGAGCGAGCUGGAGGGCAAGUUCCGCCAGGGGCAGGAGCAGGGUGGCCGGGAGGAGUCCCGCCUGGGCGACAGCUUCCUGGGGCUGCUGCUGCACGCCCGCGCCCUGCUGCGAGAGACCCGCCACAUCUCCAGCGGGCUGCGCGACAAGCACGACCUGCUGGCCCUCACCGUCCGCAGCCACGGCGCCCGCCUCAGCCGCCUCAAGAACGACUAUCUCCGCGCCUGAGAGCGGACCCGGACCCGGACCCGCCCCGGCUGAACCCGGACCCCCGCCGCCUUCAAACGGGACCCCCAGCCCUGCCGCCAGCCCCCCCGGAAGGCACAGCCCCGGCGUCUGCCUGGAAGGAGCACCUCCUCUCACAGAUCUUAGGUUGGGAAAGACCUCCCAGGAUCACCAAGUCCAACCUUCGACUGAAUACCACCAUGUCGCGAACUGCCAAAUCUGCUAAUUUUUUUAACACUUCCAGGGGUGGUGACUCCACCAAAAUACAUCCUUCUUCAUGGAAAAAAACUUUAUUUAUUCUAUCUGACUUUCUAAACAAAUAGCACGAUUCUAUAAACCAGGAGGUUCGAGGUAUGUUUAAGUUAAUACCCCGUGUUCAAAAAACCCUACCCUCUGUUACAUGAUUCGUCUUUGGUUCCAAAGUGAAGUAAGCUUUCUCGUCUCUGAUUCCCUGUUGUUUGUUUGUAUAUCACCUGUUCUACUGUGGCUCAUCUGCCACAAACGUGGAUGCAGUGCUCGGCAGCCCCUUCCAGCCUCGUGUGUAGCAAAUACUUUAAUUGCAUUUGUUGUUACUCCUUCAGAGUGAAACCUCUGGCCCUCUAUUAACUUUGUUAACCUUUUGUAAUGGUUCGUAUUCUAUGCACGUUAAACGUUGUUCUACUACAUAACUUAAAGCUGUGAUUUUUCAUUUCUGUUUGGAAAGAUGGGAAUUAUUCUGGCAGGAUUUGUACUCUUCCAGGCUUGCUUAUCUGUGACUCUAAGCUAUCAUAACCCCAAGAACCAGCCAAAAAGGUUUAUGUCAGAUCCUGAGAAUGCUGACGGAGAUUUUUAUAGUAAAAGGAAUGAGCCCUAGUGGUGAUUGGAGGUUUUGAUCCCAAAUUUGAGAGCCAGGAGCAUGCUUCUAGAGCAGACAAAAAGGUUUUGUCUGUGCUAGCACGGUGAUAUUUCUUUUUGGUGACUUUGUACUUUUGCUAGCUAAGCUAUUAAUAAAGUUAUUUGUGGUCCUAGACAAUAGCAAAAGUGCCUAGUGGGAAGGAGGAGGAGGAUUGUUUGGGUUUGUAGACUCAUUGCUAUUUAACUGACAACUGGGGGUAAUGUGGCUAUUACGUUACAGAUACUGCAGGCAGAAUCGCUAUAUGGAUGAAAAACAUUCGUAUGUUGUUUUAAUAAAUAUUUGAAAACAAUGUUAAAGUACAUUUUUGUUCUUUUACUGAUUUCCUUGAGACGCUCUUAAUUUAAAACAUGCUGUUGAAAUGUCUGUUCAGAAAAAAAAAUUGCAAAUUUGUAGCUCCUGCCAAGUGAAAUAAGUUGCUUUUUUAGUAAAAACAAAUAAAACAAAUAAAAGUUUACAGACUCGAGAAGUAAGCAAGUUUCCUUAAAAGCAGUUAUACAGAAGGGCUUGUAGAGCAGAUUUUUUUUUUUUUUUUAAUUUGUAAGCCUUUUUAAGCACCUAGCAAUCUCAUGGCACUGGAAGAGAAGCUGUUUGGUGUACUUUUGAGGUCUGUUCUUGUUAACCCUGCUCACGUUCAGUUACACUUUGGUCUGCAGACCAUCCAGUGGGUAAGUUACUCGGCAGUGCAUAAGUCACCUGGGACCAGAGUGCUGAAGGCACCAGGAAAGUCUGGUGAAGGUAUGUGCUUACAGAACCAGGCAGCUCACUGCUGUCUGCUGAAGUCCUGCUAGCAGGAUACUGGAGAUGUCAAUCUGCACCUUUAGGUCCCAAGUAUCUUUGAAGAUCUGCUGAAAAAGAAACAUUGAGUGAUUUUGGUGGAACUACUCAGUGUUACUUUCAUGUUGUUAAGUUAGAAGGUAUGGCAGGCUCUAGCUCUUAAAAAUUAAUGUGUGUGAUACUUUCCUUGCUAAUAGGGGUGGAUGGAACAACAAGUCUUGUCUGCUCACCAUCACAGCAAACCAUAUGGCAUUUCUGGUCUGGAUCAAGCUCCAGAAGAGCCUGAGGGUUUCAUUUAUGUCCAGUAUCCCUUCUGAAUCUGACCAGUUUAGAAGUAGGUGCCAAGGAUGUCAUGCAGUUCCAUUUGUGCCACCCUAAUGUUUCAUAUGAUAAAUACGAAUUUCUGACACUGCUUUAUGUUUCAGUAAAAUAUAAUCGGUUUUAUAUUUGAAAUAUGGCAGAAUGCUGAUUUUAUUUCAGUAGCAUUGAUUAUGAGAGGCUUUAAAUGUUCCUUUCAAAAAUAAAUUGAAGAUAUCUGAGCCUGGUCUAUGCAUGAGUUCACACAUUUAGUAGAAACAGUCGAUCUUCCAUAAAUUCGAUCAAGCCAGUACAAAAAUCUUUUAGGACAUUUAAAUCUACUAGAAUUUGAUUUACAUAAUUUUGGCUGGUCUAAGCAAAUGUAUACAUUAAAAAUAUAAUUUUUGAGUCAGAGCUGAUGCAUUAAAUGGUUUUUAUAGAGCUGCAGUGCCUACAAGAACUGAAUGCAGUUUUAAGUUUUAAAUUCAAAUUUGUUCUUUAAAAACUAUGAAAACUAUAUUGUAAUCCUCUUUGCAAUCUUAUAAAUGUUCUGCUUCUGCUUUUUUAUCUGAUAAAACUUAUCUAAUUGGAAGAAAUGAAGACUCUCUGAGUUCAUACAGCCAAUUUCAAGAGGUAAAGGCCUUUUUAUCAUCAAAAAUUUGGUAAAGAUUUUUAAGCAGAGAGCUUUUAAAGGAUGACUGUAGCAGCUGUUUUGACCCAUUAGGUCCUUCUGUUGUGUUAAAAUAUUGCAUUCAUAUUAGGCUCUUUUCUUUUCUUUUGUUUUUCAGAAUGCAGUAGUUUGAACUAGAAUUAAUCUGCCUUGGGUUUUUUUGUGGCUUUCUCAAGAUUUUCAAAAUACAUAUUACUUUCAAAUUUAUUAAAGAGCUGAUGAUACUGAAGAGCAAAAGACUAUUUUCUGGG